CCUCUCACCAAUAAGGAACAUUCCCAUGAUCUCGACACUGCAAUUUCCCAGCACCGUUAGGAAACAUUCUCCAAUCUCAUAAAUAAGGUUUGAGGAUUUUCGUUUCUUUUUCAAUUUGUGAAGAGAAACAGGGGAAGAUAAAACUGGGAGAUAGCUGGGGGACCACAUCUUCAUGCUGUGUGGGACUUCUUAUCGACCUGCAGUUGCCAACAUGGCUUUGGUCCUGCUUUCUGUCCUCUGGCUCCUCUUACAAACUGAAGCAAUAGCCAUAAAACAAACACCUGAAUUAGAAGCCUAUCAAGUAGUUCAUCCUAAAAAACUACACAUUUUGCACAAAAGAGAGACACAGGACAACCAGACAGAGAAGCAAGCCAAAGAGGAGAGAUAUGAGCCUGAACUUCAGUACCAGAUUAUAUUAAAUGGAGAAGAAGUCAUUCUUUGCUUACAAAAAACCAAGCAUCUCCUGGGGCAAGACUACACUGAAACUUAUUACUCACCCAGAGCAGAGAAAAUCACCACAAGCCCUCAGAAUGUGGAACAGUGCUACUAUAAAGGACAUAUCCUGAAUGAAAAGGGUUCUGUUGCCAGCAUUUGUACUUGUAAUGGGUUGAGGGGUUACUUCACACAUCAGAAUCAAAGAUAUAUGAUAAAGCCCCUGAAAAGCACAGACCAAGAAGAACAUGCUGUCCUCACAUAUGACCAGGAGGAGCUAGACCCAGCUAAUCACACCUGUGGUGUAAGAAAUGCUGGCAGGAGACGUGACCUCAUUCGAAACCCUAGGUCACUCAAAAGCCCAGAGCAAGAAGACUUUCUUCGGGCUGAGAAAUACAUUGAUCUCUUCUUGGUGCUGGACAAUGCUUUCUAUAACAUGUAUAACAGGAAUCUAACUUUGAUAAGAAGUUUUAUAUUUGAUGUGAUGAACCUACUCAACGUGAUUUAUAACACCAUAGAUGUUCAAGUGACCUUGGCAGGUCUUGAAAUAUGGUCUGAUGGCGAUAAGAUAAAUGUGGUACCCAACAUAGGCAUCACCUAUAACAACUUUCUGAAAUGGCUUCGUUCUAACCAGAGAAAACUGAAGCUCCAUGAUCAUACUCAGCUACUCAGUGGAAUUGGCUUCAACAAUCGACGUGUAGGAAUAGCAGCGUCGAAUUCCUUGUGUUCUCCAUCUUCAAUUGCUGUUAUUGAGGCUAAGAAAAAGAACAAUGUGGCUCUUGUAGGAGUGAUGUCACAUGAGUUGGGUCAUGUCCUUGGUAUGCCUGAUAUUCCAUAUAACACCAAGUGUCCCUCUGGGAGUUGUGUGAUGAAUCAAUAUCUGAGUUCAAAAUUCCCAAAGGAUUUCAGUACGUCCUGCCGCGCACAUUUUGAAAGAUACAUUUUAUCCCAAAAACCAAAGUGCCUGUUGCAAGCAGCGAUUCCUAAAAAUGAAAUAACAAAACCAGUGUGUGGGAACCAACUUCUGGAAGUGGGAGAAGACUGUGAUUGUGGCUCUCUUAAGGAAUGCACCGAUCCUUGCUGUGAGGCCAUGACCUGCCAGUUAAAGCCUGAAGCUGACUGUGGAAAAGACACUUCGAACCACGUCCCAGAGUGAAUUAAAAAAUCUGCGUCAUUGAGAUUCUACUUGCCGGGACAAGAAUCAAGAAAUCUAAACAAUGCCAAGUUUCUUGUGUAUUUUCAUCUUUGCUUUUAGAUAUAUUUUGCUUUUUUUUUUCUUUCUUUCUUUUUUUUAAACUGAGCCAUCUUGCCACCUGUUGGCAGCUCAGCGGCA